CUCUCACUUCCGGUAUACAUCGAUUAGUUCCUGUGUCAAGGGUCUCGGAAGUCUGUGAUGUCCGAGUUAGUAAUGGUGUAGCCCAGUGUCUUGGUGCAGAAUGGGAAUAAACAAUGUAAACCUUGGAUCUUUCGCCCCUGUACAGAGAACACAUGCACAACUUCAUAAAACCAAGUUUCUCCAAAUUUUGGAAAUGUAUUUUUGUUAAGGAUUCCUUUGACUGAUUAUAGGAGCGGGAAAGCUAUGCUCAAGCAGUGGCUGCAUUUAUGCCCUGUUCCGAGCACUUUGCUUAUCACACCACACUCUGGACGGUGACUGCUGUUCUCCUAAAAGCAUGUUUGCGCUCAUGAAAAGGGCAUUAUGGCUUGCUGUCAGCCUCAAGAGGUCAUAUCAUGCUGGCAUUUUUUCGUCUCUUUCUCUGGGUUUGGAAAAGUCUCCCGGACAUUGCGUCACAUUCCUCAGGCGAUUUUGCUCCGAGACUCGCAAGGAUACGGUGGACAUGUCAUUGUUUCCUGUUGAAAACAUUAGAAAUUUCAGCAUAAUAGCUCAUGUGGACCAUGGGAAAAGUACUCUAGCAGACAGGCUGCUGGAGAUAACAGGAACCAUUGCCAAAACUGACCAUAACAAACAGGUGCUGGAUAAAUUGCAAGUGGAACGAGAAAGAGGAAUCACCGUUAAAGCCCAGACUGCGUCUCUCGUUUAUAACCACAAAGGAACAAAUUACCUCUUAAAUCUCAUUGAUACACCUGGCCACGUAGAUUUUAGCUACGAAGUCUCAAGGUCAUUGUCUGCUUGUCAAGGCGUCUUGCUUGUAGUGGAUGCAAAUGAGGGUAUUCAAGCUCAAACAGUUGCGAAUUUUUAUCUUGCGUUUGAAGCACAGCUGUCAAUAAUUCCUGUUAUAAAUAAGAUUGAUCUAAAGAAUGCAGAUCCUGAGAGGGUGGAAAAUCAAAUUGAAACGGUGUUUGAUAUCCCCAAAGACGACUGUAUUAGGAUUUCUGCUAAGCUGGGAACAAAUGUCGAAAGAAUACUUCAGGAAGUGAUUGAACGAAUCCCUCCGCCCAGCGCGAGCACACAGGAUCCGUUGAAGGCUUUGGUGUUUGACUCCACCUUUGAUCAUUUUAGGGGUGUGAUUGCCAAUAUUGCACUAUUGGGUGGGGAGGUUCGCAAAGGACAAAGGAUAGCAUCAGCUCAUACGAAAAAGGUUUAUGAAGUUAAUGAAGUGGGAAUUCUGAAACCCAACGAGCAGCCAACGCACAAAUUAUAUGCCGGCCAGGUUGGCUAUCUCAUUGCUGGAAUGAAAGAGGUCAAAGAAGCCCAAAUAGGAGAUACAAUCUAUUUGCAUAACCAACCAGUGGAGCCAUUGCCCGGGUUUAAGGCGGCAAAACCCAUGGUCUUUGCAGGAAUGUACCCAGUAGACCAGUCGGAAUAUAGCAACCUGAAAAGUGCUGUAGAAAAGCUGACUCUUAAUGACUCCAGUGUUUCUGUUCAUCGUGAUAGCAGCCUCGCCUUGGGAGCCGGAUGGAGGUUGGGCUUUCUUGGCCUUUUACAUAUGGAAGUUUUUAAUCAGCGCUUGGAACAAGAAUACAACACAUCUGUCAUUUUGACAGCACCCACCGUACCCUAUAAGGCCGUUCUUUCCUCAGCAAAAUUGAUAAAGGAACAUGGAGAAGAGGUGAUCACUAUAAUAAAUCCUGACAAGUUUCCCGACAAGUCAGUAGUGGCGGAAUACUUGGAGCCUACAGUUUUGGGCACUAUCAUAGCACCUGAUGAAUAUAUUGGAAAAAUAAUAAGUCUGUGCCAGACUCGAAGGGCUAUUCAGAAGGACCUGGUAUACAUUGAUGACCACAGAGUCAUGAUGAAAUAUUUCUUUCCACUGAAUGAAAUUGUCGUUGACUUCUACGAUGCUCUGAAAUCCCUCUCAUCUGGAUAUGCCAGUUUUGACUAUGAAGAUGCCGGAUACCAGCCUGCAGAACUUAUCAAAAUGGAUGUUCUUUUAAAUGGGAACCCUGUAGAAGAGCUCGUAACUAUUGUUCAUAAGGACAAAGCAUACACUGUUGGGAAAGCUCUGUGUGAACGUUUAAAAGACGUUAUCCCAAGACAGCUAUUUGAGAUAGCUAUCCAGGCAGUUGUUGGGAAAAAAGUAAUUGCGAGAGAAACAGUGAAAGCUUUUAGAAAAAACGUCCUGGCAAAAUGCUACGGAGGAGAUAUUACACGGAAAAUGAAGCUAUUAAAGCAGCAAGCUGAGGGAAAGAAGAAGUUGAGGAAAAUCGGAAACAUUGAAGUGCCCAAGGAUGCCUUCAUAAGUGUUCUAAAGAGACAGACUGACAAGUAGUUGGAAUUCCACAAUUACUGAUUUUUUAAAGUAAAUGUUUGACAGACUAGUGUUGUUUGCAAUGUGGAUUACCUGCCUGGAAUCCGUUAUAUCCUGUGUGUACAUACGGCUCAAGACUCCGAAAUGUCAUGAAUGUAAAUGUACACUUUUGACAAGUGUUCUGAUUUCAAGAACUUUUAUAAAUGGCAAGUGGCUAGAAAGCCUGCAACUCUUUAAUAAAGCAUUCUGGCUGGCAAUCAA